AUGAAACAUUCUUUUGUAUUUAUACUCUUCACGGCAUUGUUCGAUAUAAGCCAAAGUACUGAAAAUUGCUUAUAUCUUGGCAAUCAUGAACGAAAUGUUUCGAUCAUAGAACCAAUAAACAUCUAUGCUGUUCUGGUGAGUCGUUUGAUACAUAGUGAAAUCCAAAAGCAAACGAUCUUUUUUUUCUAUAAUACAGCUGAUUAUCGCUGUGACAGUGGACGAUGUAUACCGUUUCGUGCAACGGAGCCAUCAGAGCCAUUACCACUAUCUACCCCUAUUGCUAUUGGCGUCAGUAUAUCUGUAUUUGGUAUUGUAUGUUUAAUUGUUGCUGUCGUUUAUUGGCGUCAUCGACAAAUAGCAAAUAUAAAGCAAGGAGUUAAGUUAUCCGCAUCUUUCUCUAACGCAUGUAAGCCGUCGCGUGCUGCUAGUUCAGCAGGCUUUCGUGGAAGAGCAUCAACUUCGCAGCUCAGCUCGCCAGAAGCAAGUGUGAGCAUUGAACGAUCAACAACUGCUAUACCUUAA